AUUCUUCGGCCUUCCUCACGCCUUCCGGGUCGAUGUGGCCUAUAAUCGCUGGGGCCAGUCUGAAUGCUUGCCAAAAAUCCACUCCAAAAAAAGCUGGCUGCUCCAGAGGCCGUACGGACUGCGGAUAAGUACUUUUGUACGGGCACAUCCAAGGCCUCGACCAGCUCUCUGCCACCUUUACCAAGCAGACUAACACUCGCUCCAGUGUCCAACAACCCCGUCAGUUGCUUGGUCAGGACUCGGACUGCGGCGAACGGUCUGGGAUCUCGCGAUAAACACCGCUUCACGGCGGCCACUGCUUCGCGUCGGCAGUUCCGACGUUUGCGAAAUCGGUCCCUGGCCUUCUGCACCUUGCGAGACACCAUACGCAUCCCGCCUAACUGGUGCUCUGAGAAGAUUCUGUUCCUCGACUCUAGGUACCGCCGCAUAAGCUCUUCUUCUCUGCGGAACUCCUGUCUGGACGCAUCCUCUCCGCCCUUGGAUCGCCCAGCCGACCGUUUUCCGCACACGGUGUCGGGCACACAUCGCUGUGUGAAAAUUCGCCAGUUAAGGACUUCGGCUGUUUGCAGGAUCGCAUAGGAAUUUCUUUUAGACUUUACGUUUUUCAUUCAAGUCGCGGUGGCCGAGCAGCGCGUGACGACGUCACGGGUCACGACCACACAUUUAAGUUUUAAACCGAUAUGAUAUGAAAACGCAAAUCCCAAGAAAACCCAAGGAUCUGCACAAAACAAACAACUACACUGUAACCCCAAAACAAAACAUUCAUUAAAAUUACGUUAACAAAAA